CCAUCCUACCAGUAUAUUCAGUCAUUUGUCCUACCACACUGACCCUGCAGACAGUCACUACGCAUGCGCACCCACAUCACUCUUUAAAUACCCCAAGUCAUUUGAUACAACAAAACGUUCCACUGAUAGCCAAUCCGCGACGCAGCACAGGGACUGGCAAGAGAGGCCAUAACAGCUACUGGCAAAAAUAUUCACAGUUUGUCCGAAACUCGGGAUUAGCUGUUUUUGUGACCCUGGCUGAGUAACACCAGUAAGGAUCUGAAGUUUUAGCGCCGAGUUAGGGUGUAGUAGUGAAGUCGGGGAGAGGAGGAGGCGACCAUCCGGACAGGAGAAAAACAAAGAUGGCUGUGUAGUUAGAGAGUAGUCCCAGCGAACUGUCUAAACAUAUCUCUGCUUUUUCCAAAACUGACACUUCCCGGGUGCCGGUGGAUGGUGAGCUGGCACCGGGGAAAAGACAUUAACCAAUCUGCCGAACAGGGCCGUUGGUGAAUGUCCGCUCACGCGCUGUCACGGCAAAUAACAGAGAAUGGACAACACAAAAACAUCUGACGGGGUGUUUUGUUAUAGCUAGACAGCGGAGAGAACUGGAGUGUUUUGUGAGCUUGAUACCUAUAGCCUAGUAGCUAGCUGAAUUUCGCUUAUCUGCCAACAUCGCUAAAUAUCUGUCUACAAAAACGACCGUCAAAUAACAAUUGUGGACAUUCCAGAACGUUACGCGAGGGUUCGAGUAUCUACAUUCCAAGCGCGUUAUUGCGUAACAUUGCCUACAAACAGGCAAGCUAGCCAACUUGCAUUCGAGCUCUGACUGCUUGCUAGCCAGCUGACCCUAGUUGGCCUGGCUUUCCCUUGUCUAGCCUGUGAAGCUAAACCUGCCAGCUAGGUAACAUUUGUGACCGGUAGUUAGCUAACGCCUGACAAUCACCACCACCCACCAUAUCCUCGAUGGAAGAGCGGGGGGAGGUGGGCGUCGCGGCCGCUCCAGGCUCCUCCUCAGGCGGCCUGGGGGUUGUGGCGGUGGGGGCAGCCCUGGAGGCAGUGGUCGGGGGGCCAUCUAUGCAGGAGGAGGUGAACAUCCGGAGAGGAGAGGGGCUCGGGCCCGAGUCGGACCCGGACGAGCCGCCGCCCAAGAAGCGGAUGAGACUGCCGGAGGGAGAGUCGGGAAAGCUGGAAGAGAGGCUGUAUUCAGUGCUGUGCUGCACUGUAUGUCUAGACCUGCCCAAAGCCUCCGUUUAUCAGUGCACCAACGGUCACCUGAUGUGUGCUGGCUGUUUUAUCCACCUGCUGGCCGACUCUCGUCUGAAAGAGGAACAGGCCACGUGUCCUAACUGCAGGAACCUGGCUGUAGAGAAGGCUGUGAGUGAGCUGCCCACAGACUGCCCCUUCUGUCUCAAACAGUUCCCUCGCUCCAGCCUAGAGAGGCACCAGAGAGAGGAGUGCCAAGACAGGGUGACGCAGUGUAAGUACAAGAGGAUUGGCUGUCCGUGGAAGGGGCCGUUCCACGAGCUGCCGGCCCACGAGGAGGAGUGCUGCCACCCCACCAAGACUGGCACAGAGCUGAUGGGCAUCCUGGGGGAGAUGGACCAGAGCCACCGCAGAGAACUAACCCUUUACAGCUCUAUAUUCUCCCUGCUCUGCUACGAGAAGAUUGGCUUCACAGGUAGGCUAGAGGUCCAGUUCAGGCCGUACCGCACAGAUGACUUUAUAACCCGUCUGUACUAUGAGACUCCUCGUUUCACCGUUUUGAACCAAACCUGGGUUCUGAAGGCCAGGGUCAACGACUCUGAACGCAACCCUAACCUCUCCUGCAAACGCACCCUCUCCUUCCAGCUCAUCCUCAAGAGCAAGGUGAACUCCGCUAUAGAGUGUUCCUUCCUGCUGUUGAAAGGUCCGUACGAUGACGUGAGGAUCAAGCCUGUGAUCCACCACCACGCGUUCAGCAACGACACCAACGAGACAGACUACGUCCCCCUGCCCAUCACCGACUCUGUGGAGUGUAACAAACUACUGGCCGCCAAGAACAUCAACCUGCGACUCUUCAUCUUCCAGAUUCAGAAAUAGACAAAGGAGGAGAGAGGGAUGGGGGAGGAGAGAUGUGGUAAGGGAGAGAGGACCGAGAGAGAUGAAGGGAAGGAGGGACAGGGGAGGAGGAGGAGAAAGGAAGGAGGAAGGGAGAGAAAGCUUGUUCACCCCCUGAAGUUUGAGAUUAAAUUGAUACACCACUGAACCACUGAUACCUCUUUACACACGCACAAACAUACACACCACUGGAUGACAUACUUCUGAGAGUUAUAGAACCCUAACUUGGGGUGCUUUCAGUAUUGCUAUGAAGACAAGGUGGUGUUGCCAGGGGAAUUCGUCUGUAGAGACUGACAAGGUCAUUACUAUGGAGAUGGGGGUGUUGCUAGGGGAGAGAGGGGGUCGUUGCUAUGGACUGGUUGGUGACCCCAGAGCCAAAUGUAGCACAUGCAGUGCACUCGGGAAGUAUUCCCGCCCCUUGACUUUUUCCACGUUUUGUUACGUUACAGCCUUAUUCUAAAAUUGAUUAAAUUGUUUUUCCCCAUCAA